AUGGCGGAACGCAUCCUCAUGAACGAAUUCAAGACCCUUCUCAAAGAGAAGUGGGUUCACGUCCAGUUGCACGAUGACGACAUUUUCAACUGGGAUGUCGCUUUGAUCAUGAUCAACCCGGACUCAAUGUACUACGGCGGAUACUUCAAAGCCUCCAUGACCUUCCCGUUCAAUUAUCCCUACUCUCCUCCCAAGUUCCGCUUCCUGAAGCCCCUCCACCACCCGAACAUCUACAGCAAUGGCAAGCUUUGCAUCUCCAUUCUCCACGCGCCUGGCGAGGAUUCGAUGUCCGGUGAGCUUGCCUCGGAGCGCUGGUCCCCUGCCCAGCGGGUUGAGUCGGUUCUGAUUUCCAUUCUUUCCCUGCUUGACGAUGCCGAGCCGUCCUCCCCCGCGAACGUCGACGCCGCCGUUAUCUUUCGCAAGGAUCCUGACCUCUAUCGCCGGAUUGCGAAGGCCGAUGUCCAGAAGUCUAAGCUCGAUAUUCCCGACGGCUUCGAGAUGCCCACCCACGCUUCUACCGUCCGUGAGCCUGUGGAGAAGGAAGACAUGGAAGAUGACGACUUCUGGGCCGAUAGCGAUGUCGACAGCGAUGUGUUCGGUGGCAGUGACUCUGACGACGAACUCGCCAUGGAACAGUCGAGCGGCAGUGAGCUAGAUCUGGACGAGCAUGAGUCGGCCGAUGAGGAUUCCGCAGAGACGAAG